AUGUCUGUUGUUGAAUUUGCUACCAUUUUAGAGAACACUAUUUUAUCUCCAGACCAAAAUAUACGUGUUCAGAGUGAAACUCAAUUGAAGAAACUUUCAAAUGAGAACUUUUUACAGUAUGCAGAUUAUUUAUCACAAGUUAUAGUUGCUCCCGUUGAUACAAAUAUUAAAAUUGAAGCAAAAAUCUUGGCUUCUUUAUCUUUGAAAAAUGAAUUAGUUUCGAAAGAUUCAGUUAAAAAUGAGAAUUUUAAACAGCGUUGGAUAAACUUCGUUAAUGUCAAGACGAGAAACGCAAUCAAAGAAAGAGCUAUAUCUGCACUAAUUGAUCCGGAAAUUAGAAUCGCAAACUCUGCUGCACAAUUAGUCGCUGCAAUCGCAAAUAUUGAACUUCCUAUAAAUGAAUGGCCAGGAUUAAUGAAAGUCGUGGUGGAAAAUACUGCUCCAGAAAAACCAGAAAACGUAAAGAGAUCAUUCUUACUGACUUUAGGUUAUAUUUGCGAAAAUUCAGACCCAAGCUCUCCUGCUUUGAUCUCAGCAUCAAAUGAUAUUUUAAUUGCAAUUGUACAAGGUGCUCAAUCUUCAGAACCUUCUGUUUUAGUUAGAUUGACUGCAUUGAAUGCUCUUGGCGAUUCUUUGAAUUUCAUUAAGAAUAAUAUGGAUCGUGAAGGUGAAAGAAACUAUUUAAUGCAAGUGGUUUGCGAAGCUACUCAAAGUGAUAAUGCAGAAAUUCAAGCUGCAUCUUUUGGUUGUUUAUGUAAGAUUAUGUCUUUGUAUUACUCAUAUAUGAAACAUUAUAUGGAACAAGCUUUAUUUGGUUUAACAAUUUCCACCAUGAAAUCCCCAAAUGAUAAAGUGGCUUCGAUGGCAGUCGAGUUUUGGUCCACCAUUUGUGAAGAAGAAAUUGAUUUAGCGUACGAAUUAUCACAAUUUCCUGAUUCUCCAUUUCAAAGUUAUAAUUUUGCCUUGUCUUCUAUAAAAGAAGUCAUUCCAAAUUUAUUAAACUUAUUAACUAGGCAAAAUGAAGAUCCAGAAGAUGAUGAUUGGAACGUUUCAAUGUCUGCUGGUGCAUGUUUACAAUUAUUUGCUCAAAAUUGUGGUAACUACAUUUUAGAACCAGUACUAGAAUUUGUUGAAGCAAAUAUGACAAAUGAAAAUUGGAGAUAUCGUGAGGCUUCUGUAAUGUCAUUUGGUUCCAUUUUAGAUGGACCAGAUAAAGAACAAAGAACUUUCGUGAUUCAUCAAGCAUUCCCAGCUAUUUUAAAUUUAAUGAAUGACCCAUCCUUGCAAGUGAAAGAAACUGCAUCUUGGUGUAUCGGUAGAAUCGCAGACUUAGUGAUCGAAGCUAUUGAUGCUCAAAAUAACUUACCUGGAGUGAUGCAGGCAUGUGUUAUUGGCCUAAAGGACCAUCCUAAGGUCGCUGCAAACUGCUCUUGGACUAUCAUCAAUUUAGUGGAACAACUGGCCGAUGUUCAACCUUCUCCAAUUUUCAAUUAUUAUCCAGUAUUAGCAGACGCACUUAUCACAGCAGCAAAUAGACCAGAUAACGAAAAUAACGCUCGUGCAUCUGCAUUUUCAUGUUUAACAACCCUAGUGGAAUAUGCUACUGAUUCAGUUUCUGAAUUUUCAGCAUCAAUCUCGACAUUUAUCAUGGAUAAAUUAGGUCAAACAAUGUCUAUUAACGAAGAAAAUUUAAGCAUAGAAGAAAGACAAAGCUUACAAGAACUACAAGCAAAUGUUUUAACUGUUUUAGCCACUGUCAUUAGAAAAUCACCAGAUAGUGUUGUAUCUGUUUCAGAUAUGUUAAUGGAUUUGUUUAUUAAAUUAUUAAACAAAAAAGAAUCUUCUUUCAUUGAAGAUGAUAUCUUUUAUGCAGUCUCUUCAUUAGCAAUGUCCUUAGGUAAAAAUUUUGAAAAAUAUUUGGACACAUUUUCGCCAUACUUAGUUAAUGCUCUAAAUCAAGUUGAUUCACAAGUAUCUAUAACGGCUGUUGGAUUCAUUGCUGAUAUUUCGAAUUCAUUAGAAGAGGAUUUCAAGAAAUACUCAGGUGCUUUCAUGAAUGUAUUGGGACAAAUGAUGCAAGCUCCUAAUGCAAGAAAAGAUUUACACCCUGCUGUGCUAAGUGUAUUUGGUGAUAUUUCAUCUAAUAUAGGUGCCGAUUUUAUGCCAUACUUAAAUGAGGUUAUGACCAUUUGUGUUUCUGCUCAAAAUGCUGAACCUGAAAACGGUAGUUUAGAAGCUCUAGAUUACCACUUGAAGGUUCUUGAAGCUGUAUUAGAUGCCUAUGUUGGUAUGAUUGCUGGUUUACACGAUCAACCACAAGCUAUUUAUCCAUUCGUUGGUACAAUUUUCCAAUUUUUGAAUAAGGUUGCGGAUGAACCACAAUUGGCCGGUCAAGACUCCACUGCUAGAUCGGCUGUUGGUUUGAUCGGUGAUAUUUCACUUAUGUUUGCUAAUGGUUCAAUCAAACAAUUUUACUCCCAAGAAUGGAUGGUUGAAUUUAUUAAGAAGACAAGAUCAAAUAAAACAUUCAGUCAAUCUACUAAAGAUGCCGCCAGAUGGGCUAGAGAACAACAAAAGCAUCAAUCAACAUUAUAA